AUUUUCUAGUCCAUAGUCUAUAUAGUGUAGUCCAAAAACUGAAAACGAAUUAGUGUAUUUGAACGUUGUUUCUCUUCUCACCUCUCCUAUUAAUCAUCUAAUGACCCCUAAGAUUUAUCUUGUGUAUCUUGUUUGUGCACUAUGUACAGUAUUCCUAUGUCAGCCUCAUAUCCCCAUACUCCCAGGGAGGGGUGGGGGUCAGGUGUUCUAGGCCCCUCUAUAGAGGAUAUACAAGGAUCAGGAUAUAAACUGGGGCUUAAGUAAUUAUGCUGUCUUGUCAAGUCAACUUGGAUUUUAUGUAUUUGCACAAGUGAUGGACGCAUUGAUUCAGAUUUACUGUAUGCACACCCUUUUUAUUCAUUAUGUUGUACCUGAAAAGACUAAGUGAUGCAUAGACUCGAACUUGCUGCGGUGAAACUAUUUUGGCGUGUUGCAUUCAAAGACUGUACAUGGUUGCACCAUGGGUUUACACUUGUAAUUGUGCUCUGGGUCAAGAUGGUGUGGUCUCCUGUGGUUGUAUGUGUUCAUGAUAACUGAUACAACAGGUGCUGCAUUAGUCAGGCAAAAGUCCAAUGAUUUUAAUCAUCCAUGUAAUCGCGCACACGCAGUGCACGUGCAUCGGUAGGGUCUUGGCAACAGAAUCGUGACGUUGGACCGAGGUGACAUCAGACCUCCAGACCUUGACAAAAUUCUCAUUUGCACUUGGACUUCACUCGAGGUGACCCGAUGCAAAAACUUGUCUGCUAGAAAAGCCGAAUUACUGCAUACCACAUCGCUUGAAAAAAUUCUGCUGGAAAUUCAACUGAACUGAAGAAAAACCCCUGAGGAAAACUACUGCGGAACUGACCUGCUGAGAAAAUGCCUCCUAGUGGACCCUCUGUGGUGGAGCACCUGCAGACCAGAGUCAGACGGUGGAUUAUCUACCUUAGAGUCCCCCCCGAUGACGAUGAAGAGGAUGAAGUGAUAGACGUUGUUGGGGUGGAUGAUGACUCUGGCUCUGGUCAUGGUAGUGUCUUGCACUUUAAUGGGCUUUCUUGCACUUUCUCUUUGACACUGCAUGGUGCUAGUUAUGCUGUUAUUUUAUUUUUUUUUCUUGAAGCACAGAAUGUAAUUUUUUUCCUCAUCAUUUUCCCCCUCAGGUGGUCCCUUUUGGCCUUUGGACAAUGCUGAACCAGUCCCCUCCGAUGACGAUGAAGAGGAUGAAGUGAUAGACGUUGUUGGGGUGGAUGAUGACUCUGGCUCUGGUCAUGGUAGUGUCUUGCACUUUUGUGGGCUUUUUUGCACUUUCUCUUUGGCACUGCAGGGUGCUAGUGAUGCUGUUAGGUUUUUUUUUUUUUUUGGAAGCGCAGAAUGUAAUUUUUUUCACCAUCUUCCCCCUCAGGUGGUCCCUUUUGGCCUUUGGACAAUGCUGAUCCAGUCCCCUCCGACGACGAUGAAGAGGAUGAAGUGAUAGACGUUGUUGGGGUGGAUGAUGACUCUGGCUCUGGUCAUGGGAGUGUCUCAGGAAUGGAGCGCCAACAUCAAGGUCAUGCUGUUCCUUUUCCUGUUUCCUGCCCUGCUCCUUUCCCUGCUCCCUGCGCUGCUCCCUGUGCUGGUUCCUGCGCUGGCUCCCUUCCCUGCUCCCUAUGCUGUUGUUGCUGUUCCACAUCCUCUACCCUACCCUACUUUUCAUCAUGCUUUCCCUUAUGCUGCUCCUCGUACUGCUCCUGCUUUUCCUGUGGCUUUCCCUCAUGCUGCAACUCAUGCCAUUCCUGCUUUUGCUGCUGCUGCUCGCCAUGCUGCUCCUGCUGCUCCUGCUGCUGCUGCUGCUCCUGCUGCUCCUGCUGCUCCUGCUGCUGCUGCUGUUCCUGCUGCUGCUGCUGUUCCUCCUGCUGCUGCUGCUGUUCCUGCUGCUCCUACUGCUGCUCCUGUUCAUCGUCAUGCUGAGGAUACUUAUAAUACUCAUGAUGCUCUUGUGGAGUCGCUGGGCAGGUACAUGGAAUAUCAGCUUGAAGCGGACGACAGCAUUGUGCCACUCUGCCCAGACGAUUACGUCGAGGAGCUCAGCUGUAGUAGCUCAGAUGGCUCUUUUGCAGUGGUCCCUGAAUCUCCCACAACUUCUGGCCACAGCUCAAAGAGAAGCAGGGAAGAAGAGAGCGACGGGGAGGAGGCUGCUGCCAAGAAGUCAAGGUGGUCUGAUGACAGCGACUCGGAUUGACUCUACAAUGACUUGAGCAAUCGUUAAGUCCACAUUUGGCUUUCAUCCUUUCCACAUCACAACCAUCAGGAUAACUGCAUGAACCCUUCUUGCCACCAACGACUAGUCUUUGUGUCUGGCGCUGGGGCCUGUCUCCAUCAUUUCCUCAUGUCGGCAGGGUUCAUGAAAUCACCCUUCCCAACCCUGA